AUGGCCGAAUCAACCCAAAUGUGGAUGGAUUUCAUAUCUUCAAAUGAAACUUACCAACUAUUGAGGGACUUGAAGGAAAAAGGCUGGAAGAACGAAGACGGAGAUCGAUUCUUUGAGGAACGAAGAAAAACCGCAUCGAACCCAACCCGAAGAACAAAAGAAAGCUUCUACAAAAUGACUUGCCAAAUCGGAGAGGGACUAGCAGAGGGCACUGACAUAUUCAAACCAAAGUCUCCUGGGCUCAAGGUCCUUGAUCUCUGCAUGGCACCAGGCGGGUUCACAACGGCAGCCGCGAACAACCUCUUAAAGCCACUGAUCGACGGUAUUACACUGCCACCCCAGAUCGGCGGCUAUGAAGUGCUAGCGAAGAAAUACUGUCAGCAUAUUAUCUAUGCCGACAUCACGAUGUAUCCCACGGAAAUGGGAUACGAGGGAUCUAUUCCGAGUGGGCAUCCUGAUGCGAACCAUUUCAACACGAGUCGGCCUCUGCUUGAUGACCAUUAUGAUAUUGUCAUCUGUGGAGGAGCUGUAGGCCGAGACCACCCUAGAGAGGAAUACCGUAGAGACUGUGAAGGAACACGACUGACAGUCUCUCAAAUGGUGUUCGCGAUGAAUCGUCUCAAAAACGGCGGCUCUAUGAUCCUACUUCUGCAUCGCAUUGAGGCAUGGGAUACUGUUUGCAUACUCAAUGCUUUUAAUCAGUUCUCAGAUAUCCAGCUCUACAAACACCCCAAGUGCCAUGCUAUCAAAUCGUCUUUCUAUCUAGUUGCGAGAAAUCUCGACUUGGAUCACCCCGUUGCAAAGCAAUCAGUGUCGCAUUGGAGAAGUCUUUGGAAAUAUCUGACCUUCAAGGAGUUUGAAGAUGUCUCGUUACCCGACUCAUGUCUUUUUGGAUCAAAUGAUACUUUUGUUCGAAGCUUAAUAGAGGAUUUCGGUCCUCAAUUCCAGAACAUUGCGCAGCCUGUGUGGGAAUGCCAGGCUAAAGCACUGCGCAAGCAGCCAUUUACACAAUGA